CCUUUUCUGAAUUCUUUCAUCUUAUAUUCAUUUCGCUUUGUUUAUAGAUUCACUACUAACCAACUACCUUUCUGCUGAUUUCUAUAUUUUAAAACAUUUACGACCUGUCAAAAUUUCUAUUGUAACAACUACAAAUGGCCUCUUUUCAACAAAAUUCUAGUACUUGUUAUAUCAGUAAAGCUUCUAUCAACUUUAUAUCACCUCCAAUAACACCAAACCAACAUGAAGGUAACCAGAUGAAAAGUCUUCAUCUGGGAGCUUCUGCCACGGAACAUUUCAAAACGGCUUUAAAGACGAAUUGGACGUCUCCUUUGCAAAUGCAAACGCUACCACUUUCUCCACCCCCCACAACCUUUGAUUCUAAUUCUGCUUAUCUUAAAAAUCCCUUUCCUCACAAUGACAAAAAUACAGCAAACACAAGUUCAUCCUCGCGUUUUACUUGUGUAAAUAAAGCAGGCAGUGACUCUUUCAGUACUGAUACGCAGCUUAUUAGAACUGUUUCAAUAUCGCAACGCAUUAAUAAAAGGAAACUAAAGAUUCCUUACCGUUCGCUUCCACGCACUGUAGAGGGUUCAUUUGAAAUGCCUACGAUCUUUAUCACGUCACCUUCGAUAAAAGCAGCAAAUCGACACAAGCCACAUCUUCGAGGCAAAACUACUUCUUUGUACCAUGCCCAACCUUCCAAAAAAAGGAAUUACAGUACCAGCCAUUGUUCCAAAAAAGAUCCUGUGCCACUUUUGCAUGAGCAGUCAGUGUUAAAAAAGCCGCGCAAAAACAGUGGCGCUAAGCAAACGAAAGCGAACAUCCACAUUAGCAAUAAGCCCUAUAGUCUUUGCAAAAAUACCAAUAAUAAUGAUACUAGUGACAACAGCGAUGCUUAUAAUACUGGUAGAUUUAUUCAUCAACCUUCUAAUAUCAAUAGUAAUAGCUUCGUCACUGACCAGACUUCGCAAGCAACUGAUGCUUCGAGAGAACACCAUCAUGACAAUAAACAUCCUAUCAUUAUCAGUAAGAAAUCCAAAACUGAAGCAGCUUCGAUGUUCGAUAAUUUGAGUGUAGAUUGUGAUCCAACCACAUUGUUUGUUGGUGCUGAAGAAUGGAUACCUAGUGAUGAUGUAUUCAAUCGCAGACCCCAUGUUCGGAUUCAGUGGAAAGGCUCCCCUCUAAAGAUCAAAAAUAUGCCUUAUUAUGAAAAACUUCAUGCUGGUGAAGCGUACAUUGCGGCUACGUUACGCUUAACUCCAGAACAAUACCUCAAAUGCAAAUGGGCACUUAUUCUUGCUGCUAAGAAAGCAGCCGAGGAUAAUAGCUUGUUUAGAAAAUCUGAAGCUCAGAAAGUCUGCUGCAUUGACGUGAAUAAGACAAGUGUCCUUUGGAAUACAUUUGGAAAGUUAGGAUGGCUUGGCUCUAAGUGGCCACAAUAA